AUCGUAAGAAAUGACUGCGCGUUUAUGUUGUAGAAUUAUUUUAUGGUUAUCGCGUAGUAUCGAUGAUUGCUCAGGGUUAAAGGCAUUCUAGAUCCAUCACUGUCGAUGCACGAAACCGGUCAGUCAGCGCCUUAGCAGAUACAGAGAGAAUGUUUACUUCGUGGUAUUUAGAAAAAUCUGGUAUUACAAGUGAAAAUACACACAUUGCAUGAGCGAUUUUUUUAUAUAUAUUGAGAAUCCGCAAAAACAACAGAUUUAGCAAGGUCUUGUCAUCACGAUUAUGUUACGACAGCAGAAACGUGUACUUUUCCGAGUACUUCAAAUCACCGUCAGUCUUGGAAUUUUCUUCUUCGCACUAAAAUGUUGUCUCGUCGUUAUCGGAGAUGAGAGUGAGUCUCUCCUCGUUGCUAACGAGUUACAAAAGCUGCUGAUCGAGGCAGAGACAGAUAACACGUGGCGAGUUCUAAAUGUCGAUAGAGUGUGCAAAAAGUAUCAUUUAGGUUUCUAUCAAAAGUUUACCGAAGAUUUGCCGUUCAAACAUCCACCCGCACCGCAGUACGCCGCCUUCUACAUGGUUAGAGCGUACAACGUGUCAUAUUGCCCAGUGUAUAAAGCCGGCAGCACAACCUGGCUUUAUAAUCUUUGUUUAUUAAUGAACGUGUCUGAGAAGACAUUGAAUAGCGGCAAGAAGCAGUUAUCGAGCAUCGCUCGGCGAGCGAUACCGGAACUCGAAUAUCCCGAAGCUGAUCGGGUCUUGAACGCGAGCAAAAAGCUGUUGGUCGUGCGGCAUCCGUUCGAAAGAUUAUUGAGUGCCUAUCGCGACAAACUGGAGAAUUCAGUAGCUGGCCGCGAAUAUGGGACGCUCCAUUUUUAUCGAAAAUAUGGAGUUAAGAUCGUCCGAAAGUACCGCCGAAAAAAUUUUAAAAAACCACGACCGGAUCAGGUGAUUCGACGCAAAGGGAUGCUACUUCCGUCUGGCAUGGAACCGACCUUUCGAGAGUUCGUUGAUUACGUGAUCGACACUGACCUCGGAAAUUACGGUGACGAUCAUUGGAUGCCGUAUUAUCUCUUCUGCACGCCGUGCCUCGUUAAAUAUGACAUUAUUGCAAAAGUGGAAACAUUAUGGCGAGAUCAGGUGUACGCAAUCAACAAGUUAGGUCUGCAACACAAAAUUAAGCCCAGGUGGAGGCACAAUAAUGGUUACGUCAACGCCUUUCCAAUAUAUUUCAGUCAGUUAAAUAAAUCGACGGUGAGAAAGUUGUACGAGAAGUUGAAACUCGACUUCGAACUCUUUGACUACUCGCCGGAUAUUUAUUAUGACUACGCAACGUCCGUGGAUUAACAAGAACCGAUCGGUACACUAAUUACUGCAUGAAGUUGCAAUUUGCAAUAACUAUGGCUGCAUUCCGAGUUACGCAUAUGCGCGCAUUUAUCUAUAGUACACGUUACAUAUAAUGACUUUCACAUGCGAUAUGUGCUACAUUGGUAUGAGACAUCGUAUGUACCAAAAGUAGGUGCUUUAUACAUGAAAUUUAAAAAAACAAGCAAGGAAGAAAAAGAAGGGAAAAAUUUACGUUGAACCUGUAGACGCGCACACGUAAUCCCGAUAAUUGAUGGAGCUUAAAUCGUGUUACGUCACGCGACGAACUUUUGUCGACGAAAAUCGAUCGACCUACUUCUCACCAUACCCAAUAUAUAACGAGCUGACGGCUUUGUCCGAAAGUCAAGGGUCUUCUUCUGUAUGUCAUCGAAAACAGGACGAAGGAUAUUAUCUUGUUCUGACAGAAAUAUUCGCGAAUGUUUUUGAGCUAACUUUCACGAGCAACGCAAACAAUAGCAUGACUUCGCGAAACAUGGCUUCUUGACUUUUUCCAAUCCUGUGAUAUGACAAAGAGAUAAAUUCAACGAGAGAGAUUGCUACAUACACAAGCUUUACAACUCUGCGCAGCUCGUUUAGGUUUUUAUUUAAAUAAAUGCGUAUAUAAAUGUUUUCUGCAUUUCUAAUUUACCUAUUACACAUGUAAUUUCAGAAUAAAAAUUUAAUUUCAGAAUAAAAUAAUUUAAUUUCAAAAU